AUGCGGUGGCGGGACCGUGUCAUCGUGCUCUUCUUCCCACGAGGUGUGAUGCUCACUGUGGCUGCACUGAUGCUCUUCUUUAUACACCUGAGCAUCCUUGCCAGUGACGUGUACAACUUCUGCAUCACCCACUACUAUGACAAGAUGAGUUUCCGCUACACAGUUGUUCUGAUGUUCUCCCAGGUGAUCAGCAUCUGCUGGGCUGCCAUGGGGUCACUCUACGCUGAGAUGACAGAUGACAAGCCUUUUCGGUGCUUUGCCCUGACCAUCCUGAUGCUCAACGGAGCUGUGUUCUUCAACCGCCUGUCCCUGGAGUUUCUGGCCAUGCAGUACCGGGAGGAAUACUACUGA